AGAUUUUGUAACUUCGACGACUGUGCUUCGUGUACAAGGAAGCGACUAAUUAGGGUUUAAGCUAGUGAUCAAAAAUGGAAAUGGUGCGUAUGAAGAGCAUUGAUUCUUUACAUGAGUGGGUGAAAAUUUAUGUUGUUCAACUAAAAAUGUAUCUACAUCUUUAGGUCGUUCUUUUUGUGCACAAAGAACGUUUGCUAGGGCACUGGGCCUUAAGGAUUUAGGCUUAUUUAAGGGUGAGUAGCUAGUGUGGUUUUUGGUAAUUAAAAUCAAGAACACACCCAGAUCUUCAUAUAUAUGUUGCAAAAUUAAUUUUAUUAUCUCUGGGGAAAGUUAAUUAUAUUAGAGGUCACAAUGUGUACUACAUUUUUUGAAGCUUAUCUUCUUGCUGGAAUUCUCUUGUUGCUUCCCAUUUGUUAUUCCGAUAAAGCUCCGGACUAUACAUUUGUUAGAGAAGCAAUAUCAGCCCCAGCAGUGGUUCACUAUGACUACAUAGUCAUUGGCGGAGGCACCGCAGGGUGUCCGCUAGCGGCCACUCUCUCUCACGGUGCCACCGUUUUAGUCCUGGAAAGAGGCGGCUCGCCUUAUGGCAAUCCGAACAUAAUCAACAUUGACAAAUUUGCCCCCACUCUUUUGGAUAUCUCUCCCACAUCCCCAGCCCAGCAGUUCACCUCCGAGGAUGGCGUCUUUAACAUCCGGGCACGAGUGCUGGGUGGCGGCUCAGCAGUGAACGCUGGGUUUUACACGCGUGCCAGCACACAUUACAUCAAGGAAGUAGGUUGGAACCAGAGAAUGGUCAAUCAGUCGUAUGAAUGGGUUGAGAAAGUGGUGGCUUUUGAACCGGAGAUUUUGCAGUGGGAGACUGCUUUCAGAGAUGGUUUGCUUGAAGUGGGAGUCUUGCCUCACAAUGGGUUUACCUAUGAGCAUUUGUAUGGGACUAAAGUUGGUGGGAGUAUUUUUGAUGCAGAUGGACAUAGACACACAGCUGCAGAUUUGCUUCAGUAUGCAGACCCUAGAAAGAUCAAUGUUUAUUUGAAUGCACGUGUACAAAAAAUCUUGUUUAGACACAUUCCUGGAAGACUAAGACCGCAAGCUUAUGGUGUGAUUUAUAGAGAUGCACACGGUAUUAGGCACUAUGCAUACCUAAAAAUGAACUCCAAGAAGAAUGAAAUCAUCUUAUCAGCCGGUGCGAUUGGGAGCCCUCAACUGUUGAUGCUGAGUGGCGUGGGGCCCGCCUUCCAUCUCCGAGCUCACGGCAUCAAGGUGGUAGCAGACCAACCCAUGGUCGGCCAGGGAAUGGCGGAUAAUCCAAUGAAUCUUCUGCUCAUUCCCUCACCUCAACCAGUUGAGGUCUCCCUGGUUCAAGUUGUGGGCAUCACAAAGUUUGAAAGCUACAUUGAAGGAGCUAGCGGAUUGACCCUUCCCAUUCCCUUGGCUCAUAGGCUUUCCAAUCACUUUAAGCACUUCUUGAGUCAGCCUGAGCACCAUCCUUUUAGAGCUUCACCAAAAAUCAUGGCUUGGGCAGCUGAUACUGUAAACGGAAUUGUCAAUAAAACUCUCAGAGCCGGAGUCAUACUUGAAAAAAUCAUGGGUCCACUCUCCACAGGCCAUCUUGCGCUGAGGAACACAAACCCUGAUGACAAUCCAUUUGUCACCUUUAACUACUUCAAAGAACCAGAAGACUUAAGGAAGUGCAUUGAAGGCAUGAGGACCAUUAUCGAUGUUGUGAACUCCAAAGCCUACUCAAAGUUCCGUUACAAAAACAUGCCGGUUGAAGCUCUCAUUAACCUGAUGCUGACUUUACCAGUUAACGGAAGGCGAAAGCAUGCCAACGCUACAUUUUCUUUGGAACAAUUCUGCAUAGACACUGUGAUGACCAUAUGGCACUAUCAUGGAGGUUGUCAAGUUGGAAGGGUUGUUGAUAAAGGAUAUAGGGUUCUUGGUAUUGAUUCUCUUCGGGUUGUUGAUGGCUCGACGUUUUAUCGCACCCCGGGUACUAAUCCUCAAGCUACUGUUAUGAUGCUUGGAAGGUACAUGGGACAAAGGAUUCUGCAUGACAGAUUACUCCGUGGAUCGAAAAAUAAAAAUUGAUGUGAUCACUUUUGUUGCCCAAAGAUAAAGUCGAUUAAUGAUUAUUGGAAUAGAUGUCUCUGAGAUAUUUGAUUGAAUAUUGUAUAGAUUGGAACCUUAAGAGUUAAUAAUCUAUAUUUUUGUUGUCAUA